GCCUCCCUCCCUCUUCAGUCUUGAUAUGAAGAAAGACUCAUUUGCAUUCAGUUCACUCAGACGCCAGACGGAGAUAGAAGAAAUACGGCAGAAUUUUCUGACAGAUAAUAAAACUACUCCCAAAGGCUUUACAUACUAGAUUACUUAUCGUCGACUACCUACCGCAGCACCAAAGGUUCUUAGUCAUCCCCUGUUUGCAUUUGCUGCCUUUCUGAAAGUCAUCAUGUCUCAGCAAUCCAUCAGCCUCCCUGCCAAGCUGAUCAAUGGUGGCAUUGCUGGCAUUGUUGGGGUGACCUGUGUGUUCCCCAUCGACUUGGCAAAGACCAGGUUACAGAAUCAGCGACAGGGCCAUCAAGUCUACAAGAACAUGAUGGACUGCCUAUUAAAAACGGUACGAUCUGAGGGAUACUUUGGAAUGUACAGAGGUGCCGCAGUCAACCUAACUCUCGUGACCCCUGAGAAGGCUAUCAAACUAGCCGCCAACGACUUCUUCCGCCACCACCUUGCCAGAGACGGGAAGGGCUUGACUGUGUAUAAGGAGAUGUUGGCAGGAUGUGGGGCUGGCAUGUGCCAAGUGAUCAUCACUACUCCCAUGGAAAUGCUGAAGAUUCAGCUUCAAGAUGCUGGAAGACUAGCUGCCCAGCAGAGGAAGCCUGGCAUCAUGUCCCCCACCAAGCUGGCCGCCACCAACACGGUGCUGAGCCGCUCCUACACAUCCAGCCCGGCUCCGGGCCGCGCCGUGUCCGCCACGCAGAUCGCCCGCGAGCUCCUGCACACGCAGGGCAUCCAGGGGCUCUACAAGGGCCUUGGGGCCACUCUCAUGAGAGAUGUGCCCUUCUCCAUGGUGUACUUCCCUCUGUUUGCUCACCUAAACCACAUGGGCCAGUCCUCACCCGACGGCCCCAGCCCUUUCUACUGGUCCUUUGUGUCCGGCUGUCUGGCCGGCUCCACUGCUGCUGUAGCCGUCAACCCCUGUGAUGUGGUGAAGACCAGGCUCCAGUCCCUGAGCCGGGGAGCCAAUGAGGAAAGCUACAAGGGCGUUGUGGACUGUGUGAGUAAGAUUAUGCAGCGGGAGGGCCCCUCUGCUUUCCUCAAGGGUGCCGGUUGCCGGGCGCUGGUCAUCGCACCGCUGUUCGGUAUCGCCCAGGUCAUGUACUUUGUCGGCGUGGGCGAGUUCAUCAUGGACCAGACCCCGUUCAGCCUCCUCUCCGCCUAAGGUGGAACAACAGAGACACUUUGCAGACUCCCUGAAGUAUUUGAUUAAGGAAAACAAGCGGAAAGAGAUACUAGUGGCAGCUACACAACCACCAAUUUUGAAUGAAAAAAGGACAGACUACAAAAAAGAGCUUAGUUGUCAGAUUUCUUUUUGAGCCUCACACACACACACGUAUGCUGUCGUUGACUUCCUGUUUGUGUGUGCGCGUGCGAGGCUCGCCUGCACUUCCUCUUGUGGCUUCCUGGCUUGUUUGCGAGGCUCCAGUCAACGGUUGCUCUUGUUGGCGGGAAAGCCUCGUUGAGAAGCUGAGGAAGGCUUACUACAAGGGUUUAUACUCAAUGGUCCACUCUUUCUCCAGAAAGUUCUCCUCUUGGAAUUUCCCUCAGUGAGGGAGGGAAAUAUGGUGUCCUUUUUGGCACUUAGUAAAAAAAAAAAGUCUAAAGACCUUAUCAAUCAUAUUGCGUUUUGUAUGUGUAUAUUUUUAUUUCAACUAAAAUAUGUCUAUUUAAAUUCCCACAAUUGCUGAUUUCUUACAGUGUUUGGACAAAGUUGUUUUUGACAAAUGUCAGGCCUUCUCAUGCAACCAAAAAAAACUGUUCUGAAAUUCCCUUAUUUCAAAUUUGACUGCAUGACCAGUCAUUUUUUAGAUAAAAUACCAUUUCAUUAAUGGGAACAUUUCAACUAUAUUUUGUAUGUUGAUACUACAAGGAACAAUAAACAAGCCGUUUAUAUGUACUUGAUCACACAUUUCCCAAUGUGGCGAUUGAUUGUGGUUAUGGGAUCACCUAAGGUUGCAUUCAAAGACACUACUUGUGUCUCUUACAUACUUGAUUGGUCACAGUGUUCAGAGUGUGAAUGUGUGUGUGGGUGUGUGUGUGUGUGUGUGCAGCAGUUUACUCUUAUGACUUGCUUUUUUGUUCUUGAAGCAGUCAUUAAUGUUACGUUCAGUCCUUUGCAUUUUUUGUCUAGUUGUAUGUGGCUCCUCUGAAAGCAUGUGUCUUGUCUGUGUAUGUCUUUGCCUUAUGAGAGAAUUUGCUUGUCUUGUAAUGUGAAAGGUAACUGCAGAGGACGAUGGUUCACUAGCUGUCGUUUGGCGGCCCUCGCACUAUGUUACACAACAACUAAUAUAAAAUUGUGAAAUUUUAAACCAGAAUGUUACACUCUCACUCAAUCAUGUUCUUUUCUAUUGUGAUAAUUUUAAUAAACAAACUUUUAUCAUUGCA